AUGUUUGGAAAGUCUUCAGGCUAUGAGCAUCGGUGUCUGUCGCAGAGAGAUUCAGUGUACAAUAAAUCUCAGGGAUUGUUGUCCUGGAUUUGUAACUUGAUCGUAACGUUCCUGGUUUUCCUAGUUACCUUCAUAACUUUUCCCAUAUCUGGAUGGUUUGUCCUAAAGGUUGUACCGAACUAUGAGAGGACUGUUGUUUUUCGGCUGGGCCAGAUCCGUCCUCCUAAAGGUCUAGUGGUUCUGGUUCUGCCUUUCAUUGAUCAGUGGCAGAGAGUUGACCUGCGGACCAGAGCCUUCAGCGUCCCACCAUGCAAGGUCACCACCAAAGACAGUGGUCUGGUGUCAGUUGACUAUAGCUCUGCACUUCCUGAACCAGGCGGCUGUGUCCCAAUCCAGUCAGUGUUCCUCAAUUCUGUGAGCGUCAGUCGUGUGGAUGGACUGAUGGAUGCGGUCUGCUCCGUGCUGUCAGAGCCGCUGGUUCAGGUGCGAGCCUGUUACCGCUUUCAGAUCACCCCUGACUCUGGACAGGACAACUGCUACUACGUGGACCUGACACAAGAUGUCCUCGGGUCACUUCAUCAUCAUCAUCACCCUGUCGUGUGGAGUGGGAAGUGUUAUAAAAACACAAGGGCGCUGAUGGAGCGUGUGCUGGAGAGGAGCGUCAGAGCGGGACAGUGA